GGAACGAAGGGAGGUAGACUAUUCGCCUUAACCUGAGGAAGAGGAAGCUUCCCGGAUACCGCGUUCUCGCCGUGUACUUGUAUAAAUAUGUAUCUGAAGAGACUGCGUAAAGCGGCGUUCCAUCAAUUUGCGAUACGAGUAGGAUUUCAUCUGUUCGAUCGAAAGGAGAGUGGUUGUUGAUCACCAUGGGUCAUAAGAGCAGCCAGGCCGGAAGCGACAGCGAGUACAGCGAACGGCGGCGGAGGACGAAGACCCGGAGAGACAAGAAGAAUAGCAGCAAAACUAGUCCCGAAGACGAGCUUCAAACGAAGAACAACAGAAACAGUCUCGAAGGAGGGAAAGUGGAAAAUGACUACCGCCGAAACCAGAACGACAACAGAACUAGCUCCGGCGGAGGCGGAUUGGAGAAGGACGGUCGCCGAAACAAGAACUACAACAAAACCAUACCCGAAGAAGGUGAAUUGGAAAAGGACGACGGUGAACAAAACACUGUUGUGGUGUUGAAGCUCGGGCUGAAUUCGCAGAGAUAUGCUACUGAUAUUAAGGAGUGGAUUGAAAGCUUUGGAGGCAUUGAGUCCGUCGACGGUGACUCGAACGAACUGACAGUGACCGGGGAAGUGGACGAAGAGACGCUGCGAGAGCUGGUGGUGCAGAUGGUUUCGAAGAAGGCGCGAUCCAAUACCUCCCCACCGUCCAAAAUCAGAAACAACAGUGACGUCCAAAGAGUCGGAAACGCAGAGAAGGCGACCGUUGAAAAGCUUCCGAAGAAUCCGAAUCAGACCAAUUUGAAUGAGUCUCUGGUGAGUACGGCGGUGAUGAUGGUGGAUCUGCAUUGCCGAGGAUGCACAGACAAGAUCUGCAAGGUCAUCAAGAAGACCAAAGGAUACCACGAUAUGUCCAUUGACAGGCAGAAGAAUGCGGUGACAGUGAAAGGGACGAUGGACAUGAAGGCUCUGGCUAAUAGACUGUCCAAGAAGCUCAAUAAAAGACCCGUGUCGAUUGCCCCGCCGGACGACCACGGCGGGUUGCAGGCCGAUGCCGACUCUCCCUCUCCGGAAAAAGAAAUGGUCGGGGCAGCGUCGAAGCCGGGGAAAGGAGCCGAACCACAGAAAGACUUGGACGGAAACAAGUCAAACAAACCACCGAUGACGACGAUGGUGCUGAAGGUAGAUAUGCCUUGCUGGUGCAUUGGACAUUCCGACUGCAUUCGUGACGUCGUCGCCAACACCAAAGGGUUUCAUUCUUGUGAGGUGUCCAUUGAUGAUAUAGGGAAGACCGUGGUCAAGGUGACAGGGAGCGUCGACGUCAAUGAUCUAAAGGAGAAAUUGGAGAAGAUCCUCAAGAAGCCGGUGGAGAUAACCCAGCCCCUACCAAUAUUCAACGAUAUAGACGACGGUGGUGAUAUGGACAAGAGCGCCAGCGAUGGUAGUGAAACCUACACCCAAGACGCGCCAACUUGGCAUCUGGACCCGCAUAUGUAUGGCUACUACUGGGGCUACUAUUUCCCAUGGGAGGUGGUGGUGUAGAGAACAGCAUUGAAAGUACUGGAGUGCCCGCCAGAGAAGCCGGGUCUUUCCGAUCUGGUGACUAGGGUUGAUUUUUUUUUUUUUUCCUAUACAUUUAUUUGCUAAGGGUGAGGGCCUUUAUUUAUUUAUUUAUUUUUAUAGAUAGACCACUGUUUUUCUUCUUGGCGAGGGCCAUUUUUAUGUCACAUUAUUGUUUAUUUUUUUCUACUUUGAGCCACAUAUAUAUAUAGGUUGUUUUCUUUUUUUAAGUAACUUCUCAGCCGAGAUGAAAAGUUUCUUAUUGAAUCGGUUUGUGAAUUUUGAGCUUUUAAACAGAAUCAAUGGAGUGGAGGGGUUUGUAUUCA